AUGAAGUGGACGCCGAGUACUGACGAGUGCAAACCAGUAGACAAUUUUGUAUUUCUGAAAAAGCACAAAGUCGCGAGCACCACUUUCAAGGCGAUUUUCCAUAAAUUCGCAAAAUACAGACAGAUUCCGAUUGAACCAAGAUUAAUUGGACCGCAAGGUGGAUGUUAUCCGGCGCGCAUAAACGAGCACUGCUGGCCAAGACGUCACUAUCAUCCGGCGAAUGGAUUGACUUAUCACUUUCGCUGGAACAUAGAACAAGCUCACAAGAUCUUUGAUUUGAAAAACACGGCGAUUUUCACGACAAUCAGGAAUCCAAUGACGUGCUUCGAAUCCGUCUACAACUAUUUUUACUUCAAGCGAUACAAAAACUUGGAUCACCCGUGCGAUUCGCCUUGCUGGAACCGCCCGUUUUAUCAAUUCAACGGAAACAGACUGGGAAUCUCGACCGGGGAGUUCUUGGAUAAUCUUCCCGAGAAUUUCGACCCGAGGGCUUCGCAAAAUUUUCGGGCAAAGAACUUUCAAUCCUUCGAGCUCGGGCUGGACCACCUAAACGACAACCCCGCCUACAUCGAAUCGCAGUUAGAGCGACUGGAGACACAAUUUGAUCUCGUCAUAAUUCUCGAGCACUACAUGGAGUCCAUCGUGCUUCUAAAACAUCGCCUCUGCGUCUCUUACGAGAUUUUAUACAUCAAGGCGAAAAACAAGGCGAGUUAUACGCCAGAGCCGCUGAGCGAAAAACAAAAGGCCAACUUCGCCGAGUUCUUCAAGCAAGAUCUCGAAAUGUACAGAUUCUUCAACGAGACUCUUCACAAGAAAAUCGACGCCUUUGGACGGGAUCGAAUGAGAGAGGAGAUCAAAGUCGCCAAGAAAAUAUUCGAACGUUGCGCAGAGCUUUCCGACGGGCAUAAAGACGGAUGCAAAAUUAAAAGGCCCGAAAGUGAACCACCGGCAAAUAUUACGAGCGAAAUCGUGAGAUAUCCGUCCCUGGAUCCGAAAAUCUACCUCAAAUACAUGGACGAAAACUUUGGUCACUGCUCUAAUCCGUCUAGUUCUUAUGGAAAAGUGAAAUCGAUUCACGAAACUGGAGUGCUAAACAGUACCUGUCCAUUUGUAGACAAGCCAAUUAAAUCAAACUUUGCCGAUCAUAUUGAAAUUACGCUAGAAUCGGAUGUUAAAUUCGACAAUUCUACGGAAGAAGACUCGUAG